AUGUCGACCGCCACAAUGGCGCGCUUCCGAACCCAUGUCCCACCCUUGGACAGCCCGUCCAAGCAGCUUAUGCUCGAUCUUGUCCGCGAUCUCGAGCAAGUCAAACUUUUUGACGCCGACCUGAAAAAGGUCCACCAAUAUGAACGGAAACUAUUUUACGAAAAUCUGGACCGAAUUGAUAGCGAGCGUGAGGCAGUUCAUACAGCCGCUCUCGACGAGGCUGCCGCCUUCCAUGACAGCGUUCGGGAGGAGGCGGAGACAACAUUGAAGGAUCACCUCCGCGCCGAAGAGGAAGAGCGUCUGCGGAAGGAAGAAGCUAUCCGCAAGGAACAGGAGCGGAUUGAACGCGAGAAGGCCGAAAAGUUACGUCGCGAACAAGAAGCAGCUGCGCGCGUUGAGGCCGAACGUCAAGCCAAAGAGCAAGCCGAGAAGAAGGCCAAGGAGGAGGCGGCUAAGAAAGCCGCUGCCGUUGAAAACGCACGCAAAGCUGAGGUUGAAGAGAGACUGCGCAAGGAACGCGAACAGGCCGACGCCCAGAAACGCAAGCAGGACGAAGAGGCACGGAAGGUACAAGAUGAAGCCGACCAAAAGGCCCUCAGCCAACAGCAGCAGAAACUCGGUGCUGGAAACCUUUCGGCUGAAGAUAUCCGAGUGCAGCAACGUUACGUCAAGCUGCAUAAGACUCUCAAGGAGAUGCGCAAGUGGCUCAAGGAUAUUGGCCAAACCCAACCUGAUCUCAAGGCGACCAUGGGCAACCUACGACGUUCUAUCAAGAAAUCUGUUGGCCAGCUUCGAUCUGGCACCGGCGCCAAUAAGCAACAGGUAGAAACCCCCUCCCCCCUAAUUGGAUGUCUUUGUUUGGACACUGAUUAUCUGAAUCAAAUCCAGAUUAUUCAGCUCAAAUCCGAACUUGAAAAGGCCCUUGCCUACUCCGAGCCGACAGUGGAUAUCCGGAACUUUAUCGCAUUCCCACCCGAGGAGAUUGCAAAGUCUGAGAACAAGGUACCAGCAAUGCUUAUUUACGGACUCAACAUUUUCGCCAAGAGCUUGGUAUCCUCUCUCCUCGCUGAGGCGUCUAUUAAGCAAUCCCACGCUGAGCCGAUCGGCAUCGUUGCCGCUCAGAUCUUCUCCUUCGAUAUCUUUACCUACAAGGGACUACACAUGUCCGAUAUCAUGUGGGCCAAGUACCGUGUUGUAUGCCCUGCUCUGUGGGGAUUUACAGGAGAUGACAAGACCGAAGGAGGUCGCCGUGCCCUAGGCUGGUGGCGCUCUGCGGAUACUGGCUCUUGGGUCACCGAAGAAGUUCAUAUGGAUCGCAUGACCGCUCUGGGUGCUGGUUAUGCUGCCAUGACCCUUCGAAAUUUCGCCAAGUCACCGCGCCGAAACCCCUUCCCUAAUACGAUGUUCUGGGCGUCUAUCCACAAGAUCUUAGCUAUUCCGCCCUCGGAGCUACAGGAGACACAUAUUGCUCUUCUGGCAGCCCUCCUCCGAUCGUCUGGUGAGAGGGUUAUCGGAUUCUUCGGCCAGUAUGGACUGGCCUUGAUGCACUAUGCCAUUGUCGACCUUCCCCGCAAGCUCCAGCGGGAGACCAUGGCUGUGACUCAGUUGAGCACCCUCAGGGAGCUCUAUCUGAAGGAGAAAAACUUUGCGUUGUGA